AUGGGUGGCACUCUUCUAAAAUUUAUGGUAAUGACCUCCGCUCCUGACCUAGGCGGAAGGUUGAUUUUAGGGGCCUAAAGAGUGGUCGCAUGAGGACUUGAAGAUGCCGCCAUUUCUGAGCGGGCGUUUCUGGCGCGCGGUGUUCACGCGGACCCGCGGCGAAAGGCUCUGGGCAGGGCACCGCCGGGCCUCGGGCGGUCCGGGUUGCAGGUGGGACGCUCUCGCCGGAGCUGACGUGCUGCGAGCCGAGCCGGACAGAUUCGGGGGUAUCUCGGUGCCUCUGGAGCGGUUUCGCGCACUGGACCGCCUGGACGCCGCCUCUUUCCAGAAGGUCUUGCAGGCUGCAAUACAGCAAUGGAGGUCAGAAGGUAGAAUAGCAGUAUGGCUGCACAUUCCCAUCCUCCAAAGCCAAUUUAUUGCCCCUGCUGCUUCCCUGGGUUUCUGCUUUCACCAUGCAGAGUUGGAUUCAUCCACACUGACACUGUGGCUGGGAGAAGGACCCAGCAGAUUACCAGGAUAUGCGACACAUCAAGUAGGAGUUGCAGGAGCUGUAUUUGAUGAAAAUACUAGAAAAAUAUUAGUUGUACAAGAUCGAAAUAAAUUGAAAAAUAUGUGGAAGUUCCCAGGAGGCCUGUCAGAGCCUGGAGAAGAUAUUGGAGACACAGCAGUUCGAGAAGUUUUUGAAGAGACUGGUAUAAAAUCAGAAUUCAGGUCCCUUCUGAGCAUUCGGCAACAGCACACCAAUCCCGGAGCUUUUGGGAAGUCAGAUAUGUAUAUCAUCUGUCGCUUAAAGCCAUAUUCAUUCACCAUAAAUUUUUGCCAGCAUGAAUGCUUAAGGUGUGAGUGGAUGGAUCUCCAUGACCUGGUCAAGACUGAAAACACAACUCCCAUCACCAGCAGAGUUGCUAGGCUGCUUCUCUACGGGUACAGAGAAGGGUUUGACAAGAUUGAUUUCACCGUGGAAGAACUUCCAGCAGUUUACACAGGCUUGUUCUAUAAACUGUAUCAUAAGGAACUGCCAGAGAAUUAUAGAACUAUGAUAGGAAUGGAUUAAAUCCAUAUUUGUGUUUUUAAAAAUGUUAAGUAAAUUGUACGUGUAGGAUAAUGUGUACCAUAUUAUAUGAAGUGGUGGACAUUUGGGGUUAACUAAUAUCUGACUUUAAUUUUCCAAUUUUGUAUAUUUCCAUGAAGAAAAUUUGUUUUUAAAAGCCUCUUUCCAAAUGAAGCAAACGUAUGACAAAGAGUGUAGCUCUAAAUAAGCUUCACUGGAUAAAGAGAAAUGCUAUAUAAAAGGUGGAAGUCUAUACUUUUUCUAGGAACUUUUAUUGCUUUUCUUUACUAAGGCAAUGGUUAAAUAUUUAGUAUUAGAUAAAAGGUUAUCUGACCAUUUAUCCAAACUGAGCAGCUAGCUGUACAUUUUUUUCUUUCACUAACAAAUUUCUAAAACAUCUUCUUUCAUAUGAAAUGAGAUCAGAUGCUGCUAUUAAGAUCAGCUCUUAGCAGACAUUGGAAGAAAAAGUAUAGCUUUCUGCCCAGGUCCUGUUUUGGGUCCAAGUUUAUACUGCCCAGUUCGUUUCAGUGCCACAUACCAGCUGGAGUAUUUCCUUGACCGAUAAGUAUUGUAGUUAUUAGAUUCCAAUCGUUCAAAAAAGAAACACUCGUCCGUAACACAUUUCUGAAAAACAAAGGAAGAAUGAGUAGUUGUUAUUAUGCUUUCACAUGAAACACUUAUGAGAGUGCACUGCCCCUUCUGCUCAACCAGCAGCAGUGCUCUUGGCUUCAGAACAAACUAGUUUGCAACACUCAACGGGCCAAAGUCUGACAGAAUCUAGCUCUGCAGAGGGAUGCAGGACAAGAACUCAGCACGUCAGCAGGACAGCUUUCAGGCACAUCUCUUCAGAGGAGGAAUUCAAGGACCAUUCUCCAGCCCUACAAUGGACAGGUCGGGUAUCAGGCAGCGAGAGCACACAGAUGCUGUCAGAACCACACUGCCUCAGACUUGAGCCAUCCCAUAAACAUAGCUUUCAUGAAGGGGGAUAUACCCAGUAACAAAGAACACACUUCACUUAGUGAAACCCAAAGCUGUGGCUUCCCGUUAGGUAUGUAUGGCACAUCCAUAUUCCUCCCAGUCCAGAGGCUGGUGACUAAUCAGGGGUCGUUUUUACUUAUACCAGGGUUCCCCUGAAACUGCUGGAAGGGUAACCCAGAGAUACCUUCGUAAAGAAGAAGGCUUUGUUAAUUAAUACUUUACUCACAGAAACAGUAUCAAUUCAUAAAUUACAGCAAUUUUUUUCUAGUGGCUAACAUUUCUAAGGCAUAAAAAGAAUAGUUUAUUAUAUAGAAUAUAAUGUAUAUAUAAUGCCAAAAAAUUGUAUUAGAACAUUAAUAUAUGAUUAAUAUUCCCAAAACACUAACAGAGAAUGAAGAAUAAGUAACAUAGACCAUAUUUAUUUCUGGCAGUGUCUUUCUUGUGGGAGGGGAAACUACUCUCCGUUUUUAUUUCGAUUGAACUCUUUAGGGGGGGGAGGGGGAAAAGCUAACUUUACAAAUAGACCUGGAAAUACUUUCCAAGUAAUGAAGUCUAAUAGGCUGCUACAUUAUUUCAAGUAAAUGUUCAAAAAUCAAUUUCACAGGGUACUGAUGAUAGUUCUUGACCUCUGGAGUGUGUGUUUGAGGGGGUGUCAACAAAUGAUUUACUUUAAAGAAAAAUCAUUUACUACUUAUAUUACAAUUAGGAAGAAAGAAUUAUACCCAUAUGGAAAUCCAUAAAAAUUUAUACAUAUUUGUAUUUCCACAUACAAAUACAACAUGUACAUGUAUGACAUAAACCUAAAGCUUCGUAUUAAUGAGUGUACCAGAUCCCAGCUUAUUUCUGUAUACUCAAAUCUAGGAAACUUCAGGUUUACAAAAACUACACAGUCAAAAGACUUGAAUCCUUUCCCAGAUUCUUUAGUUCUAAGAUAAACAGUGGCACAAACUGUGAGAAAAACAUAAAUCAAUAAGCAGAACAAUGAAAAGAGCUGGCAUAAUAACCAAAAUUAAAAUGAUCUACACGUAACUGGCGUUUCCGUCAUCUAAAGUAAGGGUGUGGUACUAGAUCUUGUAAUCUGCUUCUAGAGAUAAGAAUUUUACUGGAUAUUUACUUGGCCUUAAUGUUUUGACCAUUGUUAACUUUUCAAAAUGGAAAUACAAAAUCUGAUUUGCCCAUUUUUUGUAACAAAUUACUACGAAAGCAACUGAAGUCUUUCUUAUGCAAAUAAGUGACAGGUAGCAUUACAGAGAAGCAUUCAUUGCACAAGGACCCAGCUAUGUGAUACACAGGACUGUCCUAUGCAUAAAGAUUACACCUAGGAUAAUACUGAUAUUCUAUAUAGCUAGUACUUUAACUCUUCCUUUGAAGUUGAUUAUGCUUUUUGUGUUAACUGAAGUCAACCUGUGUUACUUUGUCAUUUUCCAGUGCCACUGAUAAAAAUCUUCCUCUUUCCCUAUUCCAGGUUUAGGAUCAGGAGUAGAAGCAAAUAGGGGAUCCUGGGCAUUUCAGUCGGUUAAGCAUCUGACUCUUGAUUUCAGCCCAGGUCAUGAUCUCACUCACAGUUUGUGAGAUCAAGCCCUGCAUUGGGUUCUGCACUUGUUGAGCAGAGCCUGCUUGGGAUUCUCUCUCCCUCUCUCUCUACCCCUCCCCCACUCACACGCAUUUUCUCUCUCUCUCUCAAAAUAAACACAUUUUAGAAAAAGAAGCAAGCAGAGUAAAGAAUGAGAGAAUAAGUCACAGUAAUCCUAAAGAUAACAUGAAAGGUCAUCAUUGAGCUUCACAGGCUAAUUCUCCAGAGACCUGAACCACCUCAUUCAGUCAUCAUUCUGGACAUUGAUUUUUUUGGUGUUCUGUCAGCUUCCAGGAUGUCCCACCUUGCUAAGUUGGCACUCCCUACAGUGCUUGGCCUUUGGGAUACAUACCAUGCAAUAAUAUCUGUCUUCUCAACCAGUUCCUAGUAUUUCAGAGAAAAGAAAUAGUACCAGGGAUUAAGUGGAUAAUACAUCAUGAAUCCACGUUUUUGUUUUUGUGGGUUUUUUUGUACAGAACUUACUUGUACCCUUACAAAAACAAAUGGGAGGGAAGGAAAACUAGCUUCUGUGCUGAGUGUUCAGAUACGUAAAUUUACUAAACUAUUACAUACUUGAAAACAAACUACAUUUUUCAAAAUGGGUAGUAGGGGAAAAAUUCAAGUCUCAAGUCAAGCAGGCAUUUAACAGCCCAAUGUAAAUACAAUUUUCAAUCCUCUCCAUUCUAAGUUUACAAAUCAUCAUCGGUGACUGUGAUUUCAAUAUUCCCUGUUAAAAAUGAAUGCAAAGUAAUUUUUGCCAAAAUUUAUAAACAUUUACAGAGCUUUUUCCCUAUUCUCAAUGUUUAACGCUAACCUUUUCAAACUUAGAAGAAAAGGGAAUCUUCAAAGAAAUGAUGUCACAGAAGAAGUGGAUAAAGUAGUUUCUAAGGGUUUAUAACAACUUGUACCCUGUCUUUGAGGCCCUUAUUUUGUAUAGGCCAAUGAUCUGGGAAUUCCCUUAAUUCAUGGCUUUUGACUGUUUCCAUGUGUAUCAUUUAAAGAUCACAACAAUCUUGUGACAUAAUUAUCUUAUACCCAUUAUUUAAAACUCAAUGCUCUUCAUAACUUAUUUCAGAUUGUGGACACUCACUCUGCCUAUGUAUCUGAUCCCUUUUCAUAAAGCUAAGUUUUUCUUUUUUUUUUAAUUCAAGAAUAAUUGGGGGAUAUAGAAGACACACAGUUUAAAUGGUGCAUUUACUCAUUUAAUGCAUAGUUUUUCUUCCAGCCACUGGGAUACAUCAAUGAACAAAACUGAACAAGGAUCCCCUGCCUUUGUGCCAAAUUCCAACUGGAGAGACACGCAAUAACUAAAUACAUUAUAUGUUAAAAUAUGAUAAAUCCUAUGGAAAAAUGUAAAGCUGAGUAGGGUAAGAGGGAUUGGGAGUAGAGGAAUACAAAUUAGGUUGCAAUAUUAGCAUAGUCACAGUAUGAGCAAUUAAGAAACUGACAUUUGAGCAAAUACUUGAAAGUGAAGUUAACUUGAAAGAGUUAACCAUCCAGCUCUCAGAGAAGAAAGAGCAUUCCAAACAGAAGGAAUAGCUAGUGCAAAAGCCCUACAGUAGGACCAUGCCUAGAAUGUGUGAGAGGCAGCAAAGAGGCCAAUGUGGAUGAAGCGAGGGCUUGAAGGGAAGAUACAAAACAGAUGAACAUAAGGAAAGGGAAGCAAAAAUAACAUAAAAACAGAGGGGGACAAAACACAAGAGACUCUUAAAUAUAGCGAACAAACAGAGGGUUGGUUGCUGGAGGGGUUGUGGGAGGGGAGAUGGGCUAAAUGGGUAAGGGGCAUUAAGGAAGACACUUGUUGGGAUGAGCACUGGGUGUUAUAUAUAGGGGAUGAAUCACUAGAAUCUACUGAAAUCAUUGUUGCACUAUAUGCUAACUUGGAUGUAUAUUUAAUUAAUUAAAUGUUUAUUUCUUUUCUUAA